CCCAGCCGGCUAUCCUAUCUGAGCCUCGGUUUCCCCACCGCUACCGCGGGCCCACGGUGCCAGGGCGCCGCGAAGCCCCUCCCACGGGGCCCUCGGGAGCGGCAGUUGCCCCCGCGGCCCCCCGGUGGCGCUGCGGGGCCCGGAGCGGGCGGCGCUCGGGGCGACGCGCGGCACUCACUGGCGGGGCGCUCACUCGCCAGCAGGUUUCCCAGGGCCGGCCGCGUCCCGCCCGCUCCCCGCGCCCCAGGAGUGCGCCCUGCGCGCCCGCGGCCCCGCUCCAAGCUCAGACGCGCCAGACGCCGCUCCGCCCGACGGCGACAUGGGCGUCCCCCCGGUCCCGGAGGCCGACGGCCGGCGCUGGGGGCCCGUGGUCCUCGCUCUCUUCCUGGCUGCCUCUCGAGGUCUGGUGGCAGCCUUCAAGGUCGCCACGCCCUACUCCCUAUAUGUGUGUCCCGAGGGGCAGGACGUCACCCUCACCUGCAGGCUCUUGGGCCCGGUGGCCAAAGGGCACGACGUGACCUUCUACAAGACGUGGUACCGCAGCUCGUGGGGCGAGGUGCAGACCUGCUCGGAGCGCCGGCCCAUCCGCAACCUCACCUUCCAGGACCUGCACCUGCACCACGGAGGCCACCAGGCCGCCAACACCAGCCAGGACCUGGCCCACCGCCACGGGCUCGAGUCCACCUCCGACCACCACGGCAACUUCUCCAUCACUGUGCGCAACCUGACGCUGCUCGACGGCGGCCUCUACUGCUGCCUGGUGGUGGAGAUCAGGCACCACCACUCGGAGCAGAGGGUCCACGGCGCCGUGGAGCUGCAGGUGCAGCAAGGCAAAGAAGCGCCUUCCAAAUGCAUCGCAUACCCAGCCUCCCCCCAGGAGAGUGAAAGCAUCACGGCCGCGGCCCUGGCUACGGGCGCCUGCAUCGUGGGCAUCCUCUGCCUGCCCCUCAUCCUGCUCCUGGUCUACAAGCAGAGGCAAGCAGCCUCCAACCGCCGAGCCCAGGAGCUGGUGCGGAUGGACAGCAAUACUCAAGGAAUUGAAAACCCUGGCUUUGAGACCUCUACACCCUCUCAGGGGGUGCCGGAGGCCAAGCCCAGGCCCCCAUUGUCCUACAUGGCACAGCGGCUACCCUCUGAGUCUGGACGGCACCUGCUCUCCGAGCCUGGCACACCCCUGUCUCCUCCAGGCCCUGGGGACGUCUUCUUCCCAUCCCUGGAACCAGUCCCUGACUCCCCAAGCUUUGAAACGGUCUAGACCAGCUGGGGGCUGCUGGGCAGCUGUGGCUGGGCCUGGGGCAGGGAGCACUUGAGUAAGUGCUGGCCCUCUGAGUGGCCUCUUUGGCCUUGGUCAUACUUUUCUCCCUAGUGCUCUGAGCUCAGACUCCUGAUGCCCAGACCCUCAACCCCUCUGGAUGCUACAUGGGGGAAAGGAGAAGAUGCUGGAUCACUUAGCCCUCAUCCCUAGGAUACUGGGGUGCUGGAAUCCCACCCCAAAGACCUCAAAUUCACCAGCUACAGGUGCCAAAUGACCAGCAUCCUAAGAAGAAGCCAGGACUUCCAGCUUUGCAGCAACCUUUCUUCCCCAGAUAUGAGCCCUGGGAGCUGGAAGCACAGAUGGGAUAAGAUGGGAACUGGCAGACCCUCCACUAUCACCUCUCCCAGGCUGAGACACAGGACAAGAUGUGGAGCAGGUCCUCCCCACUGGUCAACCUGGUCCCCCAUCUCUCCCCAGGCUGCUCGUCUGUAAGACUCACUCUCCACACCCGGGUACCCUGGGGCUGGGCCUACCUGCCCACUGGCCAUUGGAGCCUGCCCCAGCUGCCUCCUACCAACCACCUCUCUGAGGAGCUAUCAGCAGGUUAAACAAAUCUGGGGCUCCUGCUGCCUGCAUUCUGGUUCCCAGAGUUCAGUGACCAGAGACCCCAACACGGGAAGCACGUGGGCACUGCGGUCACUGUGAGCCAACUGGCAUCUUGGGCAAUCACAGGCCAGGCCAGAGGUUGCACCACCCACUGCAGAUUGGGGUGAGUGGGAGGGCUCACCCCCUGUCACUCCAACUCCCAAGCCCACAAGUCAGCGUGGUCAACAGAAAGAUCGACCACAUAAGGUCUUGGCCAAACUGGGACACUUUGGAAUAUAAAAAGGGGUAAUUAAAGACAACACAGGGCAAGCAUUGCAAAUGGGACACGCAGUGACCCUAGCAAUGGAUUGCAAGAGCUGGGUUCAAAUCUCUACUCCGCUGUCGAAGUGCCUGAGACCUGGGGAAACUGCCUUGCACCCCCUUCUUCCCGCCCCCCAGCCUUCAGUCUUCCCUCCCAUACGGUCUGUGCCAAGAGUUCACCUCCCACUGGUCAGGUGGGAGGAGGAGGGUGCGCUUCAUACAUAGAAGGGUUUGCUCUCCCUGCGGACCCUGCUCCCAUCCCCUGCUUUGGGGCAUGGUGUGAAUUUGUUUUUAUACGUUUAUACAAGGAGAGUCCUUUGUGGAAUUGUGAUUAAAGGAUUUUAAAGGCA